AUGAGGAUAGAAGGAGAAAAAGGUGUGAAAACACAAUCCGGGUCGAAAUAUCGGCCGCGGACGCGCAAAAGAACUUUGGCCGAGCAAUUUUCCAACCGGGCCGACCGUGCCGGUCGAGCCGGGAAGGAAUGGCUUAUGGUCGGCCGGAUGCUUCUAUCGCGCGUUAAAACCGUCCGCGCGAUACGCACGGACAGGAAGGGAAUAGGCCGCGCUCGGACGGAAUUUUGA